GGAGCAGCAACGUUCAUCUCUGGAACUGAGGAGGUUUCUAUCUCUCUAUUCCUCUACUACUCUAUACCUAGCUCCUUAUCUCUGUGUCUCCCUCCUUAUCUCUAUCACUCGCUCCUUAUCUCUGUGUCUCUCCUCCUUAUCUCUAUCACUCGCUCCUUAUCUCUGUGUCUCUGGAACUGAGGAGGUUUCUAUCUCUCUAUUCCUCUACUACUCUAUACCUCGCUCCUUAUCUCUGUGUCUCUGGAACUGAGGAGGUUUCUAUCUCUCUAUUCCUCUACUACUCUAUACCUAGCUCCUUAUCUCUGUGUCUCCCUCCUUAUCUCUAUCCCUAGCUCCUUAUCACUGGUUCUCCCUCCUUAUCUGCGUCCUUCAGAUUUCUCUCCUUCUCCGAAGCAUCAGCAGCCCACCGGUUCAAAUCCACAGGACUGACGGAGGCCCUAUAUCGUAUUUGUCCCCCAGACUGACCCCCCCGUCCGUCCGUCCGUCCGUCCGUCCGUCCGUCCCCUCUUUGACCUCGACCCCGUCCGUCCGUCCAUCUGUCCGUCCCUGGAGCUGUUAAACCUGACGAUGGAGAACUUUACGGCUGUCGGAGCAUCGACCACAGAGACCGAAGGUAUCCAUCUGAACUGCAGCAUGUCCGGGAGGCACAACUUCAUCUUCACCCUGAUCCCGGUAGUGUACGGCUGUAACUUUGUCAUCGGCAUGGUGGGGAACAGCAUGGUGGUGGCGGUCAUCUACCGUUACAUGAAGCUGAAGACAGUGGCCAACGUGUUCGUCCUCAACCUAGCCAUCUCAGACCUUACCUUCCUGAUCACCCUGCCCAUGUGGGCCACCUUCACAGCCACAGGCUACCAUUGGCCCUUCGGUGGGUUCCUGUGUAAGGCCAGCGCUGGCCUGGUUAUGUUCAACCUCUACAGCUCCAUCUUCUUCCUCACCGCGCUCAGCAUCGACCGCUACCUGGCCAUCGUCCACCCGGUGAGGUCGCGGCAGCGGCGUACUGUGCUCUACGCCCGUAUCACCUGCGUCCUGGUCUGGCUCUUCGCCCUCCUGCUGUCCGUCCCCACGGCCCUGACCAGAGACCUGAUGCACAUCACCAACUACAACAUCACCACGUGUGGUGUGCUGCACCCCGAGGGCUCCAGGCACCUCCUCCUCAUCAUCAGCCUGAUGAAGAGCAUCCUGGGGUUCCUGGUUCCCUUCCUCAUUAUCAUAUCAUGCUACUGCCUGAUUGGUCAAGCCCUGGUCAGGGCGAGGAGCAUUCAGAAGACCACCCGGUCGAGAGACGAUGAGGUGUUGAGGAUGCUGGCGGCGGCUGUCCUGGCCUUCUUCCUGUGCUGGAUGCCUCACCAGGUAUUCCACUUCAUGGAGCUCCUGGCCCAGCUAAAGGUUAUAACUAACUGUGUGAUGGUGGACGUCAUCGACACGGCCAUGCCCUUCACCAUCUGCAUCGCAUUUCUCAACAGCUGUGUCAACCCCAUCCUCUACGGCUUCGUGGGACAGAACUUCAGGAAGAACCUGGUCCUACUGCUCCACUGCUCCCCCGCUGGCCUGGCUGGGACACGUCCCUCCAUCAUCUCUAAGAUGUCCACCCUGUCCUACCGCCCCUCUGAGGCCCUGCACCUCACCAACAAGAACAAUGUCUGAUGUGAGGAGGGAAGGAGUGUGUAGCUGUGUAAUUCCUUGGCUCUUCUGGUUGUGUCAAGUGAGGAGUAUGAAGGAAUACACAUUGUGGAUGCCUCCCAAAUGGCCCCCUAGUCCCUAUAUAGUGCCAUUUGGGCCAUGGUCAAAAGUAAUGCACUAUAUAGGGAAUAGGGUGCCAUUUGGGCCAUGGUCAAAAGUAAUGCACUAUAUAGGGAAUAGGGUGCAAUGUGGUACACAUCCCCAACUGUUAUACCAAGCACUGAACCGUGGUUAGAAGUUGUACCGUAGAACUGUAGAGAAAUACAGGUAGAACAUGGCUAUUUAAUACUGAGGGAAUGUUCCUUUGUGUCUGAAUCAUAUGAGUUGAGUCCAUGAGACAGAUUCGUUCACUGCCUUGUACAACAUACAGCAGAUGUGCAUGGUUAGCUAACAGAUUUCAUUGUAAUGCAGCUUUAGAACAAAACAGCUGUGUUAUUUCUGUUUAAAUACUGAUGUGAAAUACUAUUACUGUACUUUGGUAUUUGUGCUUUUUUUGUUGUCACACAGGUACAUAGAUAUGUAAGCAGUAUUUAUAUAUAUAUAAUAUUUAUACUGCACAUUCAGUAAAUGUUAGCUUUGAAUAUACUGUAGUUGAGAUUAAAGUGAUGAGUGAGAAAGUUACUGAUGCAGAAAUAUCAUACCUCUCACCAUUACAAUAACAGGGGAGGUUAGCAUUUUAUAGCAUACCAUCAAGACAUGCUAACCUCUCACCAUUACAAUAAGAGGGGAGGUUAGCAUGUUAUAUCAUACCCCCAAGACAUGCUAACCUCUCACCAUUACAAUAACAGGGGAGGUUAGCAUUUUUGGGAAGGGGGGGUAUAAUAUUUGUGCAUCUGUAACUUUCUCUCUCAUCACUAUUCAUGAUUCAUUCAGAAUUAUCCGUAACCAUGGUAGCAUCCACAUUAAUGUAGAAGUGUUUAGAAACACAUUCUAUUCUUAUUUACAAUAAAAGUGACUCCAAAAUGACACAAUACAUUAUUUAACCUUUAUUUCUAUUGGGCACAAAAUAAUCUGAAACACAACCAAAGCAAACAGCAAAUGUAUCCAACAAGUUUGUAGAGUCACAAGCUUGAUGUAAUCAUUUGCACACUAGGAAUAUGGGACCAAAUACCAAACUUUCCACAACUUUAACAUAUAAGUGAAUUUGUCCCAAUAAUUUUGGUUCCCUAAAAUGGGGGACUAUGUACAAGAAGUGCUGUAAUUUGAAACGGUUCGCCCGAUAUGGUUGAAAAAUAACGUCAAAUGAAAGCUAACAGUCAGCACUUUAACCUUGUAGUCAUUGUACCAUUUCAAUUGUUACUGUCCCAGUACUUUUGGAGCUCACUGUAUUUGUCCUAUUUUACACAUCUAAGUGUAGCUACAAGCCUAGCUACCGUACAGGCCUGUACACUCCCACGCUCAGCCAAAUAGAAUGACUCACCUAGCCUGCCGCCAUCUAGUGCGCGAUACACUGAACGAUGUCUACGACUCUGCUCUACUUGUAAUUGUAAAAUUGAUGAUCUAUGUAACUUCUGUGACUGUGUUUGGUGGUACCAACACCAUGUGACUGUGUGUUUGGUGGUACCAACACCAUGUGACUGUGUUUGGUGGUACCAACACCAUGUGACUGUGUUUGGUAGUACCAACACCAUGUGACUGUGUUUGGUGGUACCAACACCAUGUGACUGUGUUUGGUGGUACCAACACCAUGUGACUGUGUUUGGUGGUACCAACACCAUGUGACUGUGUUUGGUAGUACCAACACCAUGUGACUGUGUUUGGUAGUACCAACACCAUGUGACUGUGUUUGGUGGUACCAACACCAUGUGACUGUGUUUGGUGGUACCAACACCAUGUGACUGUGAUUGGUGGUACCAACACCAUGUGACUGUGUUUGGUAGUACCAACACCAUGUGACUGUGUGUUUGGUGGUACCAACACCAUGUGACUGUGAUUGGUGGUACCAACACCAUGUGACUG